AUGCAGCAGCACCCAAAUUACCCAUAUCCCCAGAUCUACUGGAUAAAUGACAGUACCAGCUCUGCCUGGGCCCCUCCAGAGUCAGUUUUCCCCUGUCUGUCCUCUAGGCCUGGUCAAAGGAGGCCACCGCCACCGCCACCACCACCACCACCACCACCACCACCACCACCACCGCCACCGCCACCACUGCCACCUUCAAAGGAGAGGCGGGACCGCCACAGAGACUUGUAUCUCUUUGUGAUGUUUUCCAUGGUGCUCGUGGCCCUGGUUGGACUGGGGCUGGGAAUGUAUCAACUCUUCCACCUACAGAAGGAGCUAGCAGAGCUCCGGGAGGUCACCAGCCAAAGUCAUACAGAAUCAUCUCUGGAGAAGCAGAUAGGACACUCUGGUUCGCCCUCUGAAAAAAAGGAGCUGAGGAGAGUCGCCCAUCUAACAGGCAAGCUCUACUCACGGUCCAUCCCUCUGGAAUGGGAAGACACCUAUGGAAUUGCCCUGAUCUCGGGAGUGAAGUAUAAGGAGGGUAGCCUUGUGAUCAAUGACACUGGGCUAUACUUUGUAUAUUCCAAAGUAUAUUUCCGGGGUCAGUCUUGCGACAAUCAGCCCCUGAGCCACAAGGUCUACACAAGGAACUCUAGGUAUCACCAGGAUCUGGUGCUGAUGGAGGGGAAGAUGAUGAGCUACUGUACUACUGGCCAGAUGUGGGCCCAUAGCAGUUACUUGGGAGCAGUGUUCAAUCUCACCAGUGCUGACCAUUUAUAUGUCAACGUCUCAGAGCUCUCUCUGGUCAAUUUUGAGGAAUCAAAGACAUUUUUUGGCUUAUAUAAACUCUAGGAAAGGCAAUUUAGGAUUUUUGCCAUUAUGAUUCCUUGUGAGAAGCACUGGGAAUAUUGUCUUUAAUGAGAGUCGUAAGCCUGCUGGAGAGUGAGAAGACACGAACCACAGAGACUUUGAGUAAACAAGGUCCAGCAAGUCUGUAGUUCCUCACUUCACCUAGGGUCUAUGAGACAGACAAGAAGAGGAACAGGACCGAAGUACAUAAAGCUUGGGCUGCCUAAUGAGGAUGUGAAGGCAUAGAGAAGCAGCUGUCAGGUAUUCUCGACUCAUGUGGCACACGGAAAAAGGACACCUUUUAAUUCACCUCCAAGGGAGGGUAUAUUUGCUACCUCAAGGGAGGCCAUCUUUCAGAUACGUGGCUGUGGCAUGAAUGUGUGAGGGAUGGAAAAGGAGGACUAGCCUUGCAUAAGCUAAAGAGACUGAAGGAAGUCUGUGCCCCACUGGUACCAUUUUCACUUUUAUAUGCACAUCCUGGGCCACCAGGUGAUGCUAACAGAGAAACAAGAAGAUCCUAUACAGCAUGUAUAUUUCCAGUACAAUUGUAAGGGCCUGUGUGUGUGUGUGUGUGUGUGUGU